AUGUCAGGAUCGGCCCCUGAGGAGCCUCAGACCUCCAUUCCUCCCAGCACAGCCAGCGUUGCCGAUCCUGCGCCGGUGGCUGGUGGACCUGGAAGCUCAAGUGACGUUUCCUUUGGUGAGCAAAACCUUAGCUUCACCACCACAGACGUCAGCCUGGUGGAGAUGAUGGAAAUUGAAUAUACCCAGCUGCAGCACGUACUUUACUCGCACACGGAGGCACAAGUGGGUGAAGGUGAAGUGGAAGCUAGGCUCAAUUCUUUCUCCUCGCCUGGUAAUGCUGCAGACGCCGCUCUGCACCAGACCUCACUCAACACCACUCAGGAGGGGGGUUCAUCAAACAGCUCUGGGAACCGGUCGGUUUACCCAGUUGCCUGCCAGUCAGGAUUACCUUCUGACAGCAGUGUGCCAAGUUCAAACCCGCGUUUGGGCUAUGCUGACUUUCAGGAGCUCAGAAUGAUGUUUCUUAGUGAGUCUAACCUCCCUUUGAACCGAGCAGAUAAAGCGUCUCAUGGUAGCUCUGUAGAAGUCCCAGAAUACAGUUUAGUAAAAGUUAAACAUGGUGAAAAUUUUGUUGGGGCGAAUAAAGAAAACAUACUUGUUGAAAAUUCGGCACUGGCGCCAGAGCCUAGAUCUAAAUCUGCAGUCAGAGUUCGGUUGGAAGACAGAUUCAACAGCAUCCAGACAGAAAACCCCAGAUGUCAAGAACCCCAAGAAUCUGGAGUAACUCUUAACAAUUUAGUAACAUUGAUUCGACAGCCGUCAGAACUGAUAGGUGUUCCUCUUCAUCAGCAAGAAAACAAGUGUGCUGCAUUAGGGAAAAAUAAGACUGUAUCUGCCACGCCAUCUUUACAGUUCACAUACCCGUUAUUUACUAUGAAUGCGUGUUCUACUGCUGGAAGUGCUAAUCCUUCACAAGCACAGACCUCUGGAACGUCUUGCACUGUUUUGGAAGCUGCCAAACAUCAAGACCUUGGGGUACCCAAGACAUUCUCUUUCUGCUAUCAGGAAAUAGAAUCCACAAAACAGACAGUAGGUGCUAUGAAUAAAGCGUUGCCUGAGGAAGUUUGGAUUAAAGUUGGAGAAGACACCAUAUGCAAGCAAGCGAUAAACAGAAGAAGUUGCAGCCAAAUAAGCCCAUCGGAUACAAACAUAGAUCGCAAACCUCUUAGUGAAAUUCAAAAUAUGCAUGAUGAUAGCCAGAGUACUGCGUCUGCCCAGGGAGGUUGGCAGUCAGCACAGCCAAAUUCAAGUAUGCAGGUGCAAAGUGGUACACAGGACGGGAUAGCUCAGCGAAGAGAAAGACAUAACCGCAUGGAGAGAGACAGAAGGCGCAGAAUCCGGAUUUGUUGUGAUGAGCUGAAUCUUCUGGUUCCGUUCUGUACUGUUGAUACUGAUAAGGCAACAACUUUACAAUGGACCACUUCGUUCCUGAAAUACAUUCAGGAAAGGCAUGGCGAUUCCCUGAAAAAGGAAUUUGAGACUCUGUUCUGUGGUAAAACAGGCAGGAGACUAAAAAUAGCAAGAUCAGACUCAUUUGUAACGUGUCCAGUGCAGGAAAACACGCAUGGCUAUGGAGACCAAGUAGCCUGA